ACACUUUGAGGUUGAGGUCCUUCCAGUUUCUUCCUUCCUUCCUGAGAAAUCGCAAACGAACACAAAUUGCGAUUUGGGUGUUUUUAGUAGUUCAAUUUCAUCUCCAACUUGUGAGCAAUGUGUCUGAGAAGCUCGUUGAAAAUUCUCAACUUUCGCCGCAAAGUGGUCACGGUGCCUAUUUGCCUUCUCACUCUCACCGUCGCCGGCGCUUCACUCUCCUCCAAACCCUUAAACCCAUUUUCUGAUCAUUCUUCCGACAAUUUAACCACCGGCCUCGACGGCAUCCUCCGGUCUUCGCGCGCUCUCUGGACCAUCACAUCAAAUGUAGUUGAUUACAAGUAUUCGUUGUAUGGAUUGCCUAAUGAUUCGGACCAAUAUCGACAUCUACUAUCUGAGGUCCACUCACGUUCAGCUAAGAGAAUAUUGAAGUUAUGUGAAGCCAAUAAGGGUUUCUAUGUUAAAGCUGGUCAAUUUGCUGCAGCAUUGCGGCAGCUUCCUACAGAAUAUUCGUCUACUCUAGCAUCAUUGCAUGAUCAGGCAACUCCUUGUAAUUUCAAAGCUAUUAAAGAGGUUCUAAACAGCAACCUGGGAAAGGACUUAUCACAGAUAUUUCUGUCAUUUGAUGAGCAACCAGUUGCUGCUGCCUCUAUUGCUCAAGUCCACCAUGCAGUACUUAAAGACCAUCACGAGGAAGUAGCUGUUAAGGUCCAAUACCCAGGUUUAGAGCAACAAUUAAAAGUAGACAUCAAAACGAUGUCUUUCAUAUCAAAAUCCGUUGCAUUUCUUUUCCCCGAGUAUAGGUUUCAUUGGCUGGUAUCAGAAUUCGCCGAAGCUAUCACACUGGAACUGGAUUUUGUUUCUGAGGCAAAAAACUCAGAAAGAACAGCGAACAAUUUCCGUAACAGCAGCAUUGUCAAGAUUCCCCGAGUUUUCUGGGAAUUAACGACCAGCCGAGUAAUGACAAUGGAAUUCUGUAAGGGAUGCAAAGUCAAUGAUGUCGAAUCCUUAAAGGAAUUUGGAGUUGAUCCCGUUGCUGUAGCAAAUGAAUUGGCGAAUGUUUUUUCCGAGAUGAUUUUUGUUCACGGUUUCGUCCAUGGGGAUCCACAUCCCGGUAACAUAUUGGUCUCUCCCAGGGGUAAAAAUGGAUUUUAUCUUGUUAUUCUUGAUCACGGGAUCUACAAGCAGUUGAAUGAAGAAUUCAGACUUGGGUAUUGCCAACUUUGGAAGGCGUUGAUUCUUCAGGAUCCUAAAGGCAUAAGACAGAUGGCAGAGAGAUUUGGUGUCGGGAAAUAUUAUCAAUACUUUCCAGUAAUGUUUACAGGAAGAACAAUUAAUAGUAAUUCAGGACUUGGGCAGGGAAUGACGAAUGAAGAGAAAGUGAAAAUGCGAGAGGAGUUGAAGUCAUUAACGAUGGAGGAUGUAUCUUCGUUUAUGGAAUCCUUGCCUCCUGAUUUCUUAACAAUUAUCAAAACUGAUGGAUUGUUAAGGUCUUUAAUGCGGAGGUUGGGAGCUUCACAACGUGUUAGUUUGCAAGCUUAUGCCAAAAAUGCAUUGUAUGGUCUCAUGCUAAAACAUGGUUCUUAUUCGGGGAAAUGGUCUGUUUCUAAAUUCAAGGCUAACUUGAGUUACCUCCAUCUAAGAAUCAUACUCGAGACAGUAGAGUGGCUAUCUUGGGUGGCCAAGGUUUGGAACUUUCUCACUAGAAAGUUUAAACAGGUUCUCCUCACUUAUUCGCCUCGAUAUUUGGUUCCUUCAUUAUUCUUGUCUACUUCAUGAACCAAUUCAAACCAAAUGAGCUCGAUUUUAGUUCCAUUAUUUCGUAUACAGACAGAUAUGUUAAAAUUUAUCAAAGAAGCUCAUUUUGUUUUGAUGCA